AUGGAGAGUAAAAAGGGAAGAAGAAGAUUGAAGGUGUUCUAAAAUAGAAUUGAAUUUUCUCAUCUACAUACCGUUUACCUCUGGAUAGGCUUUUCAACACAUGUACAAGCUAAACUUAAGUCGAUACCUUGAGUAUUUGUAGAUCUUGUAUAGUGAUCGUUUCUUGAUUGAAUUACUAACACCAUCAAACAUAUCAGAAAAGGAGAACGAGUGUGAAUCUCGAAAGACAGAGGACCAACCUCACGGAACAGGACAAAAAACAAGAUCAAGAGAACAUGGAAGUGGAAGCAUCAGUGACAAGUAAGAUUAAUAGACUUUUUGAUGCCUUGGGUUCAGAUUCAUGCUUACUUUACUUUAAAAACAUUGUUAUAUUUUCUUCAGAUGUGUCUAAACUGUCUACAUAUACCACACUUAAAGCAAACAACAAAGCCCUGGCGGCAGCUCUUGGUAAAGUCUUGUUGAAUUUAUUCUUGUCUAUGAAACUUGUCAGCUAUGAAGAAUCAAGUUUAAUUUGAGGUUUUUCUUUAUCAGUAUUAUCAAAGAUGUUAAACUUUGUUUUCAGAGGAUGCCCAGCAAGAACUUUGCCUUGUUCAACGUGAAAAUGUCCAGCUUAAAAAGAAAAUCUAUAACAGUCAUUUAGAAUUUGUGGAGAAAACAAAAGUGUUAGAACAACAAUUGAAUUCCCAUGAGAAGAUCUCAGAAAAUGAUUUUGCAUCAAAAGCAGAGGUGUGGUCCAUUAAAAUUUUUGUCUAAUCAUGUGUUAACUAUCAAGAAAGCAUAAAACUAGUUCUUUGCUGUAGCUCUUCAUUCAAGUUCAUGAAGCUGAUAUAAGAGCUGUCAAAUCCAGAUUUUUUCAAUUCUGGGAAAAAAGGAACUAGUGUGAAUAGAGGGUUUGAAAACCUGAGUUAAAGUUAUACUUUUUCUUGGGGACAUGUAAGCCCUUUUUGGUUUGAAUGGUUAGGGUUCUCAUGAAACUGCAGGGUGAACAUUUUACAAUUCCACAGUAUUUCUUCUCAUAGCUCACUAGUUUUACUAGCAACUAACUAGUUAAAGGGGCCCUGAGAAUAAUUUUUUAAAUAUUCGUAUAGAUUGCUGCUAUUCUUUUAAGACUAAAAUGCUUAGAAUUAUUUCUAAAAUCUUGCAACUUUAUAUAGAUAUGUAGGUAUGAUCAGACUAUUUACAUAAUAAGGUAACUUGAUUGUUUAUGGCUGCUCUAUUUAUUUUAUGUAGGCUGGAAUUAAAGAAGUCCAUAAUCUCCUGAACCAGACAUGUGGCAAGUUUGUUCAAGGUUCAAACUUUUUGUCAGAAGCCCUUCAUCUUCUUAGCUCUCUCCUCGCUCCAGCUGAAGGACACAAGCAUGAAACUAUUCAUGUAGUAUCAAACAGUGUGUCUCCUUAUAUGGACCCUGUCUCAAACUGUGUGUGUACCACUCCUCCACCAGAUGAACCAUCAGCAAUGGAGAUCACAGAUAUACAAUCAACCAUUAUUGAGAACAAUGAGUUUUUCAUGAAAAACUUGGACAGAGGUAAGUUUGUGGUAAGUUAUCUAAGUCUGGUGUGAGAAACAACGCUUGAUCAUAUUCCAGAUAAAUUAUGGAAAAAAUAUCAAAAAUAUCUUCAACAGUUGAAUGUUUUUUACAUCUUUUUGGGGGAGUUUGGAAAUCUGGUUUAACACUGUUUUGAUGGCAACAGAGAAAUAGACUGAAUUAAUUUGAUGUAAGGUCCUAAAAUAUUGAAGAUUCUAACUCACACUUACAGUAAGGCUUCCUGACUGGAUGAAUUGUUGGUGAAUUUUAGAGUAAGGUCACUAGCAGAUUUAGAUAUUUUUAAUUUCUAGUGUAAUGUCAUUUCUGAUUAAUAUGUAUUAAUAUUCAAAUGAAAAUAAAUUACUUCAUUUUAAGGACAUGUUUUGAAAAUGCUCUGCCCAUUUAUUUGGAAAAAGGAAUUCUGAGUAACAUGGUGGACCAAAAUGAAACAAGGAAGGAAUCCAGCCAGCCUCAGCCUGCUAGAUGCCGCAUGAAGAGGAAAAGUACCACAGGUGUCAGUUAUGUAGAGCCAGGACUUCGCAGGUAUUAAAUGUACAACCUUAGUGACACUCUAUAAUGAGGGAGUGGUAAAGCCAUACUCUAAGGUGCCUUUGGAAAUGGAAAGCAAAUUACUAAGCGCAGGGAAUGUUGGCCUCUUAGGUUAUGUAAAAGACAUUACUUCUUCCAUGUCUUGUUUCCUAUGCAUGUGUAUGCUUGUUCUUCAUGUAAUUUUGAACUCUACAGUAUGGUCAUUUUAAAUGAUGUCUUUGUCAUGUUAGGGGGUCCUGUAAAAAUUUUAUCAUUCAGAGUCAUGUUUGUAGGUUGAUUUACCAGGAUUUGAUUGAUAAGACAUGGUAUGCAGUGUUAAGCUGACUUUCGUUUACGAGAGAUGUCUCUUUGAAUUUUUCUUUGGUUUUAUGUCAACAGCAAAUUGCGCAGAGGAGACCCUUUUACUGACAGCAGAUUGUUUGGUGAUGCAAUCCAAAUGAACACAACACGAAAAAGUAAGUUAGGAAGUUUUUUUGCUCUGACAAGUACUUCGAUCUACUAUCAAGCAUUGCAGCCUAAAAAAUAAACCACCAGAAAAUGAUGAUCAAAUCUUUUAUUUUUUUAUGUCUGUUUGGUCAAAGUUAAAUUUAAGUUAGUUGAACCAAAAUACAUCCAUAUUUUUUGCUUGCAUUGUGUUGAAUACAUCUUUUGACUAGUUUUGCAGCACAUUUCAAAGUGAAUCAAGUAGCAUUUAUAUAUUUAAUUCAGCUAGAAUGUAUAGUUUACAUACACAGCAAUAAAUACAUGAAAUUGAGACUAUCCUAUUGGACAAGUAAGGAACAUGCUGAGUGUACAGAUAGUAAGUGAAGUCUCUUCUUGUAGAAAAGAGAAGUUUGACAAAAGGAACCACGACUCUACCUAUCAUGGGAAAAACAGUAAGUGCCCAUGUUAGAUUUUCAUAUUUGUUUGAGAUGAGAAUUUUUUAUUCCGAGUGAGCUUGUUUGGCUUUAAGUAUUUACAAAAAUUCUUCUUUUCCUCAGAAAAAACGUGCUCCCUUGGCAAAUCUAACAAACAUUAUCGUUGAAGAAACCUGAAAAUAUCCCGAGAAUUUCCCAUGCAUGAAUUCAUUGGAGUCAAAGGAAUAUGGCUGGCCAUGAAGAAAC